AUUCCAUUUCAUUGAAUUGAAUGAAUAAGCAAAAUGAUGAGACACCCAAUUGGAGGGGCCGCCAAAAGCCACCCCGGUCCAACUGAUUGAAAGAAUUUUGCCCCAAAAAGUUGUUUGCUUCUCUCUCUUGUCCUCACUGGAGAAAAAUUCCAGGCCUCAAGAAAUCUUCUAGAGAGAGAGAUCACAGAGGGAUCGGGAGCCAACGGUGUAGAGAGAGAGAUGGGUACGCUACAAACAUGGAGGAAAGCUUACGGGGCGCUCAAAGAUCACACCAAAGUCGGCCUCGCCCAUGUCAAUAGCGAUUUCAAGGAUGUCGAUGUGGCGAUCGUUAAGGCUACUAAUCAUGUUGAGUGCCCACCCAAAGAGCGACAUCUCAGAAAAAUUAUGGUUUAUACAUCUGCAGUGCGGCCUAGGGCUGAUGUUGCAUACUGCAUUCAUGCACUUGCUCGGAGAUUAGCAAAGACACACAACUGGACGGUGGCACUGAAAACACUCAUAGUAAUCCAUAGAACAUUGAGGGAAGGUGAUCCCACAUUUCGUGAGGAACUUCUGAAUUUCCAGCAAAGAGGUCGUGUUCUUCAAAUGUCCAAUUUCAAGGAUGAUUCAAGCCCUAUUGCUUGGGAUUGCUCUGCAUGGGUACGCACAUAUGCACUCUUUUUGGAAGAACGGCUUGAGUGUUUUAGGGUUCUCAAGUAUGACAUUGAAGCUGAGCGGCUUCCUAAACCUCCUGCCCAGGGGCAAGAAAAGCAGGGCUACAGCAAAACUAGAGAAUUGAACAGUGAAGAGCUUCUGGACCAGUUGCCAGCUUUGCAGCAGUUGCUCUAUCGCCUUAUUGGAUGCCGGCCUGAAGGAGCUGCUGUUGGAAAUUAUGUGAUACAGUAUGCACUAGCCCUGGUCCUCAAGGAGAGCUUUAAAAUUUACUGUGCUAUCAAUGACGGAAUAAUUAAUCUUGUUGACAAGUUUUUCGAGAUGCCACGACAUGAAGCUAUCAAGGCCCUUGACAUCUAUAAGAGAGCUGGCCAGCAGGCUGCAAACCUAUCUGAUUUUUAUGAAGUUUGCAAAGGAUUGGAACUUGCUAGGAAUUUCCAAUUUCCCGUACUCAGAGAGCCUCCGCAAUCCUUCCUAGUGACCAUGGAAGAGUAUAUAAGAGAAGCCCCGCGGAUAGUAUCUGUUCCUACAGAAACUUUGGAAUACCCGGAGAGGCUUAUGUUGACAUAUAAAGGAGAGGAUGAACUAUCACCAUCUGAAGAACACAAAGAAUUGGCUGAUGAACCCCCGCCACCACCACAACCAGCAGAGGAUGUUGCAGUUUCAACCACCGAGAUUCCUGCCCCCGUGCCUCCUGUCAAAUUUGAAACCGAUGAUCUACUUGGGUUAAAUGCUCCCACGUCAGAUGUGUCUGCGAUUGAGGAAAGCAACGCGUUGGCUUUGGCUAUAGUUCCAUCUGGGGCAACAUCCGAAACUGUACAGCCCAAAGACUUCGAUCCUACAGGAUGGGAACUCGCCCUAGUCAGUACUCCCGGCACCAACUUGUCAACACCUCAGGAGCGGCAAUUGGCUGGUGGAUUGGAUUCGCUCACUCUUAACAGUUUAUACGACGAGGGCGCCUACAGAGCAUCACAGCAACCAGUAUACGGAGCGCCAGCCCCCAACCCGUUCGAAGUAGCUGAUCCAUUUGCCAUGUCUAACGCCAUUGCUGCACCUCCAUCAGUCCAACUCGCUCCAAUGCCUCAACCAAACCCCUUCGGUCCAUUCCAUCCGGCUGCUGCUGCAUACCCACCUCAGAAUCCAUUGAUGGUCGGGCCCCACAAUCCUUUUGGCGACACGGGGUUCGGGGCAUUCCCCGCAAAUAAUGGUGCUGCUGCGGGGGCGCACCAACAAAAUACCAACCCGUUUGGGAGCCUGCUGUAGGAAGAAAUGUAGGCGGGAUUUCGGCAUAGAUGAUUUUGGGGUGACAAUAUGAGUGCAGGCCAUGGUUUGAUGAUGAUAUGUAGAUUGGUUUUUUCAUUGAACAAAUGCAUGCAUGCAUUGAGAUGUAAAAUUCAUAAAGAAGAAGAUUUGAUUGCAGUGCGGUAUUGUGUUAUCAAAACUUCAUGGUUUGCAAACUUCAUAGUCAUUUUUUAUUUGAAAAUAUUAUGUUUUUCCUGUUGUA